GUCGCUGUCGCUUCAGCCAGGCUACGGAGCGUACAGACGCGCCUGGUGCCCCGGGGAGGGGCCCCACCAGGGGAGGAGGAGGACGAGGUGGAGAGGAAGAGACGCCCUGUCUGCCCAGGAGCUCCGAAGGCUCUGACCCCAGGGGCCGGGGCACUGACGGGAGUGGGAGCCAAGUUCCUCCACUUGGGCUGCCUGAAGAGGCCGCGACCCUGGAGGGCCCCGAGCCCACCGCACCAGGGGCCCCAGCACCACCCCGGGGGCCUAAAGCGACAGUCUCAGGGACCACCGCAAGGUUUCCAGUUGCCUAGACAACGAACCCGGGGUCAGAGCAACAACCCUUCCAGCUACCUGCCUCAACUGCGGCCUCAGGCACGGUCCCAGCCCGGUGCUUGCCAGCCCAGGUGACAUGCCGGUGCUCUCCACUCCUCGGCCCUCGCGGGUGACCACGCUGAAGCGCACGGCCGUGGUCCUGGCCCUGGCGGCCUAUGGAGUCCACAAAAUCUACCCCCUGGUGCGGCAGUGUCUGGCUCCGGCCAGGGGCCCACCGGGGCUGGCCAGGGAGCCCACGCAGGAGGCGCCUGGGGCCUCGGCGGCCAAGGCCGGCAUGAACCGGGUGUUCCUGCAGCGGCUCCUGUGGCUCCUGCGGCUGCUGUUCCCCCGAGUCCUGUGCCGGGAGACCGGGCUGCUGGCCCUGCACUCGGGGGCCCUGGUGAGCCGGACGUUUCUGUCGGUGUACGUGGCCCGCCUGGACGGAAGGCUCGCCCGCUGCAUCGUGCGCAAGGACCCGCGGGCCUUCGGCUGGCAGCUGCUGCAGUGGCUCUUCAUCGCCCUGCCCGCCACCUUCAUCAACAGUGCCAUCCGCUACCUGGAGGGCCAGCUGGCCCUGUCCUUCCGCAGCCGUCUGGUGGCCCACGCCUACAGCCUUUACUUCGCCCAGCAGACCUACUACCGAGUCAGCAACAUGGACGGGCGGCUUCGCAACCCGGACCAGUCUCUGACGGAGGACGUGGUGGCCUUUGCCGCAUCCGUGGCCCACCUCUACUCCAACCUGACCAAGCCACUUCUGGAUGUGGCCGUGACUUCCUACACCCUGCUUCGAGCGGCCCGCUCCCGCGGAGCCGGCACAGCCUGGCCCUCGGCCAUCGCCGGCCUCGUGGUGUUCCUCACGGCCAACGUGCUGCGGGCCUUCUCGCCCAAGUUUGGGGAGCUGGUGGCCGAGGAGGCCCGGCGGAAGGGAGAGCUGCGCUACAUGCACUCGCGCGUGGUGGCCAACUCGGAGGAGAUCGCCUUCUAUGGGGGCCACGAGGUGGAGCUGGCUCUGCUGCAGCACUCCUACCAGGACCUGGCCUCGCAGAUCAACCUGAUCCUUCUGGAACGCCUGUGGUACGUCAUGCUGGAGCAGUUCCUCAUGAAGUAUGUGUGGAGCGCCUCAGGCCUGCUCAUGGUGGCCGUGCCCAUCAUCACUGCCACCGGCUACUCAGAGUCAGACUCAGAGGCUGUGAAGAAGGCAGCCUUGGAGAAGGAGGAGGAGGAGCUAGUGAGCGAGCGCACGGAGGCCUUCACCAUUGCCCGCAACCUCCUCACAGCGGCCGCAGAUGCCAUUGAGCGGAUCAUGUCGUCAUACAAGGAGGUGACAGAGCUGGCUGGCUACACAGCCCGAGUGCACGAGAUGUUCCAGGUGUUUGAAGAUGUCCAGCACUGUCGCUUCAAGAGGCCUGGGGAGCCAGAGGACGCUCAGGCAGGUUCGGGGGCCAUGGCACGGUCUGGCGUACGCCUGGAGGGGUCCCUAAAGAUCCGAGGCCAGGUGGUGGACGUGGAGCAGGGGAUCAUCUGUGAGAACAUUCCUAUCAUCACGCCUGCAGGAGAGGUGGUGGUGGCCAGCCUCAACAUCAGGGUGGAAGAAGGCAUGCACCUGCUCAUCACGGGCCCCAACGGCUGCGGCAAAAGCUCCCUGUUCCGCAUCCUGGGCGGGCUGUGGCCCACGUAUGGUGGUGUGCUCUACAAGCCCCCGCCCCAGCGAAUGUUCUACAUCCCUCAGAGGCCCUACAUGUCCGUGGGCUCCCUGCGCGACCAGGUGAUCUACCCAGACUCGGUGGAGGACAUGCGGAGGAAGGGCUACUCAGAGCAGCACCUGGAGACCAUCCUGGACAUCGUACACCUGCACCACAUCCUGCAGCGAGAGGGAGGUUGGGAGGCCGUGUGUGACUGGAAGGAUGUCCUGUCAGGGGGCGAGAAGCAGAGGAUCGGCAUGGCCCGCAUGUUCUACCACAGGCCCAAGUACGCCCUCCUGGAUGAGUGCACCAGCGCUGUGAGCAUCGACGUAGAAGGCAAGAUCUUCCAGGCAGCCAAGGACGCGGGAAUCGCCCUGCUCUCCAUCACCCACCGGCCCUCGCUGUGGAAGUACCACACACACUUGCUGCAGUUCGACGGGGAGGGCGGCUGGAAGUUCCAGAAGCUGGACUCAGCCGCCCGCCUGAGCCUGACUGAGGAGAAGCAGCGGCUGGAGCAGCAGCUGGCGGGUAUUCCCAAGAUGCAGCGGCGCCUGCGGGAGCUCUGCCAGAUCCUGGGCGAGGCUGUGGCCCCCGGGCAGUCACCAGCGCCCGGCCUGCAAGGCCCCAGUGUCGCCCCGGGUGCCUCCACCUGACAGGGGCUCCCCCUCGGCCCCUCCCGUCCCCAGCUCCGAUCACAUGAAGGAAGCAGCCACGCCCACCCCGAAUCCGCCCUGCCCUGGGCCGCCCGCAUGCCUUGCCCCUCCUCC